UGACUUUGAAGGAAUGGAUGACAAGAAAGGGUCAGCACUGGACUGUACGACAGUAUACGAGGAGGAGACACUACCCUCGGGAAUCCCUCCUCCUUCCAAGCACCACUUGGAAAUGCUUCAGAAGGCCUUUGGCCAUGCAUCCUUUAGGCCAAUGCAGUGGAAGAUCAUACAUGCUGUGUUGCAAGGUCUUGACAACUGUGUAGUGAUGGCAACAGGCUCGAAAGAGCUGUGUUUCCAGUUCCCGCCAGUGUACACAGGGGUGUGGGCAGUGGUCGUCUCACCUUUGAUCUCCCUUAUGCAGGACCAAGUACUAGCUCUUCAGGUGAGCUCUAACAUAGGAGCAUGCUACUUAGGGAGUGCUCAGAAAAAUAAGUCUGAAGUGUACACAGAGAUGUUUGCAGGGAUGUACAGAAUUGUAUACGUCACUCCAGAAUUUAUCGAUGCCUGUCCUGAUGUGUUGAAGACACUCAAUAAGAGAGUUGGAAUAUCACUGUUUGCUGUGGAUGAGGCUCACUGUGUAAGCCAGUGGGGACAUGACUUCAGGCAUACGUACAGGCGACUGGGAGUUCUCAGGACAGAUUUUCCGAAGAUUCCCAUUUUAGCUGUCACUGCCACAGCUACUAAGACGGUGCGGGAGGACAUCUGCACGUCUCUUGGCCUGAGGUCACCAGAGAUUACCAUCACUAGUUUCGAUAGGCCGAACCUUUAUCUGGAGGUGAAGAACAAAGUGAAGGGUAUUGUAGAGAACUUCACUCCCUUCUUGGUCAAAGAAAGUUAUGGGAGAUACACCACAGAUGGACCUACCAUUGUGUACUGUCCCACUAAGAAAAGUACUGAAGAGGUGUAUCAGGCUUUGGCAGGUUUGGGUGUAAAGUGUGUAAAGUACCAUGCAGGUAUGACACCAUUGCAGCGAGACGAAGCACACAAGCAGUUUAUGUAUGACAAGGCGGAUCUGAUUGUUGCCACCAUUGCAUUUGGCAUGGGUAUAAACAAACCUGAUGUUCGGCAAGUCAUCCACUAUGGAGCAUCAAGUAACCAUGAGUCUUACUAUCAAGAGAUAGGUCGUGCAGGACGAGAUGGCCUUCCAUCUGUAUGUACCGUUCUCUAUGCACCUGAAGACUUUGCAGUGCAUCGUUACUUUCUGAGCCAGAUAAAGAAUCAGCGAUAUCAGGAACGCCGGAGAGAGAUGAUGACUAGGAUGGAGAAGUUCCUAACCAUAACAACCUGUAGACGAGCAGAGAUCCUCUCCCACUUUACAUCCCGACCCCCAGGCAAUACUCCAAAGAGUGACUGCUGUGACAACUGCACUCGCAUACUGUCAGGUGGAGGAGUCAGCAAGGGUCAGAGCAGAGUUGAAGCAGCACUUGAUGAUGAAGGAAAAUAUGACUUCACCGUGGAUGCCAUCAAUCUUUUGAAGGCAGCAGAUGGUUGUAAUGGACAGUGUGCAGUAGGGUCACUCAUCCUUGUGCUGAAAGGUUCAAACAACCAACGGGUUCGACCGCAGUGGAAGAGAAUAGAGUCCUUCGGUGCGGGUAAAAAGAGGAGUGAUUCGUACUGGAAGGCUCUGUGCAAGAUGUUGGUCUUUGCUGGCUAUCUCUCUGAGACUACCAUAAGCGGAGGGGGUGGUGGAAGGGGGAGGGGAGGAUGGGGGAGGGGUACCUCGACAUUCGCUUAUGAUGCCAUCGGGAUCACCAGGGAAGGAGAUAGGGCGCUGAGUAACCCCAACUGCAAGAUCUUCUUAAAACCCUCGACCACAAUGCUUGAUGAGUUGCGUUAUGUUAUAGCAAUAAAGAGACCAACGGCUUCAGACCCGACCCCUGUUGUUGGGCGUCGCAAGUUCACUCCAAGUGAAUUCCUUUGCCGGGGCCUCUCCAACUUGCAGAAGCCAGUGCAGAUGUCGAGCGUAAAGGCAGAGAACAAGGACGACAGUACGGAAAAGAGUGGAACCAGCAAGGAAGAGGCAGCACCAGUCGAUCCUCGGGAAGAAGAACUAAAGGUUAAACUGUACCAGUCAUUGAUUGAAUUGCGUAACCAACUGGGAGAAGAGACUGGAUUCAUGCCGUACUUGGUAGCCACAAACAGGGUCUUGCUGCAGCUCGCUCAGACCAGACCAUCGACACUUAGUACAUUGCGCAAGACUGAAGGCAUACCUGAAGUAAAGGUGCAGAAAUUUGGUCCUGCAAUAGUUAAGCACAUUAAAGAGUUUUGUAUGAAACAUAAUCUUUCAUAUCAAAGUGAAUGUGAUGAUGGGAAGGAUUUGACAAACAGCAAAGAUGAAGAAUCAAAACCAUCAACUAGCAAUAAAGCUAGCAGUUUUGUAUCAUCCAAGAAGCUCUACACAUCGCAGCCUUCUCUGGAUACUUUUAAAUAUAAUCCCUCAAAGGCCAGUAAUUCAUCAGGCUGGAUAUCGUCCAAAGUCAAGGUUUCCAAAUCUCCAUCACAGGAGGAAGAUUCACAAGAGGACAAAGGACUGCCGAUUAUGAGGGAAGGUGAUGAGGAUACCCAGGGAGGCAGUGUGAGAAAUCAUUCCAAAGAGGCAGUGAGUCAGUUGAGCAAAGGGACUAAAGGCACAGCAUCAUCGCCCAGUAGAGAUAAGGAUAGAUGCGGUAAUGUUGAAGAAGUUGGUACAAACAAUGAGGAUGCCAAAUCAAAGUAUUUCGUUCCCAGCUUGGACUCAUUAGACGCUGAUGCUGAUUUCUUUGAAGCAGAAGAAGAAGACAGCAAUAGCAACAGCUUCUUCAGUGGUCAAAAGAAAAAAGAUACCUUGUUAGAAAAGAAAAAUAAUGAUUUGGAUCAUAAAACUGGAGACAGCAAAAAAGACAAAGAUGACAGUAAACCAGCACUGGAUAGAUCACAGUCAUUCGCCAAAUCAAAACUAGCCCCAAAGAAAAGAGGAAUCGCAUACGAUGAUACUGACUCAGAGAAGGAAGAAACAAACUCUCAGGAUUCACAGGAGAAAUAUGAACGCAUUCUGGCUGACACUAAAAAGAAAAUGGAAUCAAGUGGCUGGAUUGAUGCAAAAAGGAUGAAAAAGAAGAUGAAGAGCAAUUCACUGUUUAAAAGAUAAGUUAGACAGAAAGUGAAGAGUAAUUCACUACUUUGAAAUGUUAUCCAGAUACCCAGUGGCCAUUUUUCAGUCAAAGAAAGGCAAGAUUUCAAUGGUAUAGUAGUAGACCUUAUGGAAAAAACAUUUGCUGAAAGGAAAAAGUACAACUUGUGUUUAUAGAUAUUAAGAUUACAUUUCAUGUUUUAUAUUAAUGUAAAAUAUACUAUGGCAUAAAACAUA